GGGGGGUGGGGGGAAGGAGCGGAGCUCCGGCUACUGGCGCGGCGGUAAUGGCGGAGGAGGAGGAGAAGACCCCGCUCACCGGCGUGGCCGUGGCGGCCGCGCCCGGGGCUGCCCCCGCCGGCUGGACCGUGAUCGCCGUUACCGUGGAGGGCGCGGCGGCCAACCUGGGCAAAAGCUUCGGGCACAAGGGCGGCGGGUACCUGUGUGUGAGCGGCGGCGGAGCGGAGGCGCCUCCCGGGCCCGUGGUGACCGACGUGCUGGUGCUGAGCGACCGGAGCCCUCAGCCCGCCGGCUACACCCGCGCCCCCGAAUUCCCGGAGCCUCGGACCGGCAGCUCCCGGAAGAAACGGUUGUACGUGAAGCUGCUGCCGCUCGCCGCCGCCGAAACCGCCGUCUUCGCCCUCAAGCUGAGCUCCAAGAGCAAAGCCCUCCCGCACUACCUGAAAAUAGGGGAAAUUGGUAACUUUGCCAUAUGGUGUAAAAAAGGGCCGGUUCAGAAACCCAUCCCCAAGCCGCGGACGCUCAGCGCAGCCCUGCGGCAGCUCUCGCUCCAGCCCCCUGACUCAGACCACAAGUCACCCGCGGCUCGAAGCAGCAUCAAACGAGUUUCUCAGCACGAAUCUCUGUACGACACCUCCAGCAUCUACGGCCUCUCGGCUAUGGAUGGAGUGCCCUUCACACUACACCCCAAAUUCCAAAGCAAGCUCACUUCUGGCAGUAACGCUAUCCUUGCAAACCUGAAUGUUAAGUCACUCGCUGAUAUUGAGGAAGAGUACAAUUAUGCUUUUGUAGUCGAAAGGACGGCUGCUGCCAGGCUCCCACCCAGCGUUUGUUAGCGCUGGAGUCUACCUCAAGGAUGUAAACUGCACCGGGGCCAAGCUCCUCUCGCUCUCUCUGAUUAAAUUUCCGGGUACCUGAAGAAAUGCAAUCGAUAUCCGAUCACGGGAAUUGCUUCGGGAGAAAAAUAAACACGUUUCUCUUCUCACCUGCCAA